CGCCGGCGCAGUGGCCGUGUCGCCGUCGCCGGGGGCUGUCCCCCGUGCGCCGCUCCGCCGGGUAGCCGGCUGAGGCUGCGGCCCCGCACUCUGCGGCUCCGGCUCCUUCCACGGCUGGCCGUGUGCGGCAGCCAUGUCCCGAAAGCAGGCGGCGAGGAGUCGGCCGUGCAGCGGCGGCCGCAGAGCCGAGACGGAGCGCAAGCGGGACGAGCGGGCGGCGCGCCGGGCACUGGCCAAGGAACGGCGGAACCGGCUCGAGCCGGGCGGCAGCGGCUGCGAGGAAGAGUUUGUGAGCUUUGCCAACCAGCUGCAGGCCCUGGGGCUGAAACUGCGGGAGGUGCCGGGGGACGGCAAUUGCCUGUUCAGAGCCCUGGGUGACCAACUGGAGGGUCAUUCCCGGAACCACCUCAAGCACCGGCAAGAGACAGUCGACUACAUGAUACGGCAGCGGGAAGACUUCGAGCCCUUUGUGGAGGACGAUGUUCCUUUUGAGAAGCACGUGGCCAGUUUGUCAAAGCCUGGUACUUUUGCUGGCAAUGAUGCAAUUGUAGCCUUUGCAAGAAACCAUCAGUUGAAUGUGGUGAUCCAUCAGCUUAAUGCCCCUUUGUGGCAGAUUCGAGGUACGGACAAAAGCAGUGUGAGGGAGCUACACAUCGCCUACCGGUAUGGUGAGCACUAUGACAGCGUUCGGAGGAUCAAUGACAACUCGGAAGCGCCAGCCCAUCUCCAGACCGACUUCCAGAUGCUUCAUCAAGAUGGACCAAAUAAAAAGGAAAAGACCAAGACAAAAGGGGUGGACUUGGAAGACGGCCCGAGAGAUGAAGUUGAAGAUGCUGUCCAGAAAGUUGGCAAUGCAACUGGAUGCUCAGAUUUUAGCUUAAUAGUCCAGAACCUGGAAGCUGAAAAUUACAAUAUUGAAUCUGCAAUAAUCGCCAUGCUUCAGAUGGACCAGGGGAAAGGAAAUAAUGUGAAGGAGAACCUUGAGCCUAGUGACCGAGUGUCGAAGCAAUGUGACCCUUCAUCUGAGGAGGCAGGCAGUGGCAGCGGCUCCACACUCUUUGGAAGUCAGGGUGGAAAUGAAGGCCAGACGGAGAGCAGUAAGGCUCGGGCCAGACCUAGUGAAGGAAGCAAAGCAAAUAAAAACCAGAUCCCAAAGGUGACAAACAAGCAGCGGAGGGAGCAACAGCGACUGGAGAAGAAGAAACGGCAGGAGGACAGGCACCGCCACAAAGCCCUGGAGAGCAGGAACAGCCACAGGGACGCCAGCAGAAGCGAAACAGAUGUGAACACGCAGGUUACCUUGGUGAAGACCUUUGCUGCUCUCAACAUCUGACUCUCAGGCCCCUGAGAGGUGCAGGACGAACACUGCAGAUCAGGCGUCCCAGCCAGGUGUCCCGACAGCGCCCACAGGAGUCCCUCCUUCAGGCUGCCUCUUCUGUCCGUAGCUUUGUCAGUGUUUUGUGGUGUGACGGCGGUAUGGUGAAGCCAUUUGCCUUCUGGAACACAAAGAAAGUACUGAGACAAGGGUGGGCUAUGGGGAGGGAGCCUUUGGAGUCUGGUGAUCCUAGGCUCUUCAGUGACGUGUGGGGUGGGUUUGCUGUAAUUAUCUUGAAGUCAUUCAGCACAAUCAUUAGAAAUCCACAGUGACAACUUCCUUUGUUUCUCGCUCAUUUUCAAGCAGGGAUGCACGUCUUAGUUUACCAGCUCAAGAGUAUGUUGAGACUUGAUUUGUUUCUGACCCAGGUUACUUGGACAUGUCAGUGAUAUGACAAGGCGGGUGGCUUACAGCAGUCAGGGACAUCAACUACAUCUCCAUUCUUCCUGUCUCUGGUAUCACCUCAGAGUGUGGCUGUCUUCCCCACUCUCGCCAUGUGGGGCGUGUGCCUGGCUGUGGGGGAGCCUGGGUUUUGCUGGGAGCUCCACAGUACAGCGGAGUUUGGGGUGUUUUUUUGGACAGGUAGGAGACGGCAUGGCACUGCUUGAGCCACACACCUCUGAACUCUGAUGUGCAGGUCUCAGUCCAUAGCUGUAGGGAGGUGGGGUGGAGGAGGGACUCUUAGGUUUUUCCUCAGUAGAAUCUAAAGAUGUUUUCUAUGGAGCAGUCUACAGGAUAAAGUUUUCCAAGGUUUGAUUUUAGGCAACUAUGUUUUUCUUUUUGAUAUGCUAGACUCAGAAAGAUGCCUACAGAGAAAUAAGUGGUCACUUUGUCCUUACAGGUUGCUAAAUUUUCUUAACAUGUGAAAAUGAAAUGGAAUCCAGCACUCAAAGGCAGGGUUGCUGCAAGGCUGAGGCCAGCCUGGGUUAUGCAGUGAGUUCCAGACUAGCCAGGGUUAGAAUAAAAGGCCCUGUUUCACUCCCUACGUAAGGGGGAUGUAUCUGAUUCUUUGCUGUUGAUGUUUUCUUUCAGUACUGGGGACAGUGUGGCAGUGGCUGGGGCUGUCUGUGACUGGGCUACAUAGCCAGGGAGGGGGCCUAUACUGUUAGAGGCCUUUGAAAGACUCAGUUCCGAGGCAUCCUUAAGUAGGGAGAGGUGCUGUUCACCAGGCUGGGCUAUGUUUACUUUAAGCUGUUAUGCGUAGGGGACAAUCAUGAGUAAAGUCUGUCUUCUGGGAAUCUAGUAUUCAGACUAACGCUCUAUGCUGGGUCAAAAGAUGAAUUCUUUGUUGUCACCAGGGACAAAAGUAAAAUUAUAAAACAUAUAGACACCACUGUCUUGGCAGGCUAUGGGUUCAUCCAAUUGUCUUAUCAGCAGACUGUUUACUUCCUCAAUUUAAUGUUGUCCUUUAAUUUUCCAUUUGUUUGGCUUUGGAACUUUGUGUUUGGAGCAGCAAAAGUCUCCUGGAAUCUCUCCUAGGACACUGUGUUACUUCCUAUGUAUAGGACAUUGAAAUGCUGUGCAGAUUUGAAAACUACAUGGCAUUUUUUCCCUCCUCAGGCCUCAGUCCUCAAAGGGCAAGGUGGUGGCCGUAGUGCUCUGAGGGACAGGAGUGGACUGGCUCUGGGGCCAGUGUUCUCUGAGGUCACCCAGGACAGGGUCUAGGUUGGCUGAACUCAUCUGAAUGGAAGCUCUCUGUUCGCUGUUUUGUAUUGCCCAAAUGCAGAAUGCCAGGUCCCUGCAGAAAGGUUAGUGUUGUUUAUCAAACAUUAGGGUUGUAAGUCAGAAGUGUAGUGCUGUUGGGAGCAGGCUUGGAGAGCCCUCCUGAGCACUCAAGGAGGUGCUGUUUACCUGCCUGAGGACAGCGUGGGCCUCUCAGGUGUCAGAGCUGCUAGGGAGGUUGGGUCCUUAAAGGGUGCUUUCAUUUAUAGGUUGUCAUUUGUUCUGGGCGACCUGCUUCUGGAAGGUGGUGGCUGUGCUUUCCCGAUUACAGUGACAGUCUCUUCAGUGCAGUUUUCUCUUGUCACUGUCCACAGCUUUCCACUUUGAGUUGGUUGUUUCUUUAAUGUGCUGAUUGUUGGAAGUGGGGUAUCUGCACCCAGCUUCGGCGUGUUGUCCGGCUCAGGCUCAGAAUGUGGACUUGACUGCGUCAGUCUCAACUGAGGUGCUCUGUAGGCAUCACCCUGUAGUGGGCACCUGGCGUUACCUCCUUGGCAGCCAGUGUGAGGCCCAGUGCAUUGAACUUUGGGUAAUGAUGGUUAACACUGUUCCUCUGGUCCAGGUACUCAGAGAGAAGCUGCCUUGUCUCCGGCUGCUACCUGAGAAUGUCACGGUAGCUCAUCAUGAGGACACAAAGGGAAGCCACAGGACUUCAUGGUGGUUCAUUGGCCUUAUAAACUCUGUGGAAGAAUUUUCUAGAUUUUAAGAAUAAUUUUUAGGGUCACAAUAAGAAAAAAAACUGAUGGCAACAGUUUGCACUGGAGGCAGAUGAAUUAGAACAACCUGGCCCAGGGUUGAUAGUGCAGCCCCCAGGAGAUAGAUAGGGCUGAGAAUUCAUAUAUUCGUUGGGUUUCAAAGGAGCAUCUGUCUGUGGGGACCAGAGUCUGGUCGGGUGGCAGAAAGGAGAGUCUUAAAUGUCCCCCAGGGUUUCCUGUAGCUUCUGUAAGCUCUGAAAACACUUCCAACCCCAUUUUGAUUGUGUAAGGGAAGGAGGCUGACCUUGCAGGGCAGCUGGUGGGGGCUCAGUGGGGAACCUUUCUGUAGCCCAGGCAUAAUACAGAGCAGGGGUGGUGACGGUGGCUCGGGUUACCUUGUAGUAUCAGGUAGACUGUGCCAGUGCACUGCGCUCAAGCCCGGCACAUUCUAAGAAAGGACUGUCUGCCUGGGUUUACCAGGACAACACGGAGCGCCCUUAUUUUACCUCUGAAAUGUUCAGCUGAGACAUCCGGCUGGGUAGAAGAAACCCAGGUCCCGAGAGAGAGAGUGGACUCAGUCACCCCGAGCAGGGUGUGAGCAAAAGAGGAGGAGCUUCCCCAGAGUUGGGGCCUCGGUGGCCCUUUUGGAGUCCUUGUGGGUGUGCGGCUUCUCGCCUCCGACCUGUAGAUCCAGGCCGGGUGCAGGGUUUCAUGUUGUCCUUCCCUUUACCUGCUGUCUGCUUCCUUUCCCGCGAACGUUGGUUAUCGCAUUCAUCCAGCAUUGUGCUGAGCAGUCCAAGAGGCACUUUUACAGGAGCAUGUCCCUUACCCUGGCAAAGAGGCGGACAGGCAGGCUAUCAUUUCCAAGGUCAUUGUUGAGUUGAAGAUAGAGCUGUGUAUUUAGGUUCUAAAAGUUGACUGCUGGAGUCAGUUGAUGGUUUCUGCUGAGUGGAGGAAACCAUGCCUCUGUCUCAAGUGUGAGGCUCAGGAGAAAGCUGUGUUCUGUGAUAGCCUGGCCAUCUGUCCCAGGUAAAGGCCUGACGGUUUCUUUCUUCAGUCGGUUUUUUGAAAGUCUCACUCUUUGUUUUGUAGCUCAGUUGAAAUGUUGACCUCUUUGAGGUCACUAGAGAAGGCCAUGCGCCCCCCUGCCCCCCCCCAGGGCACACCCUCUGUAGUUGCACGUUUGUCCUCACGGUCACUGAAGAAGACUGGUGGUCGUGCAGAGGUUGUGCACACUCUCUCUAGUUGCACACUUGCACAGUGACUUUACAUAAGCAGGGCAGACCUGUGAUCCAGGGCUCUUUUUGCUCUGUCCUGAACACGAGAGGAAACCAUGGGGUCUGGCUCAGGUGAGCAUCCUGCAGGCCGCCAUGGCAGUCCCGAGUCCUGUUUCAGCCACCAUGGCAGUCAGUGAAGCUCAUCAGCCCUGUCCUGUGGUUUGAACCCUGCCAGCCCUCUGUUGAAACUUGAGCCCUGCUGGUGUGGGGCUCUUCAAGUCUUCCUAUUCUUGGGGUUCAUUUUCCAUGGAGGUUACCUUCCCAGCAUCUCUCACUAAGCACUAAGCUAGGAGAAGGGGAGACAAGGGCCUUGAGUCAGGCUCAACACCAUCCUGAGUGCUGGUGCCUGUCCGUUGCCUAGAAAGGGCCGGUGUGUCUGCCUUCUCCUUUUUCUAAUUGCACUGUCCUUGUUCUAGCUUUAGUCUAGAGAGAUCUAAGAUCUCCUUGGGGUCAUUACCCAUAGACUUAGCAAAUCUGCCUUAGCUAUGGAGCGUAGAGGUGAGAAAUAACCAUUUCCUGGUGUCUGGAGCCCAUUUGCCCUAGACUGUCUUUUCACAGAUGUGUUCAUCUGAAUCAUUUUAUUUUUUAUUUACCAAAAGUACUGUACUUGGCUAUUUGCAAUGUUUUAAGAACCAAAUGUUUUUGUGUUUUUGAUCCUCAACACUUGGUGCAAUAGAAGCCGCAAAGACGUGCCACUUUAUCUUUGAAAUGGACUUUGUAUACCAAUAAAUUCUAGUUUAAAAGCAAA